CCUUCCUCCUGUUAUUAAAUAGGAGGUUGCAUUCCAGAAACAACAGUAUUCAGUCUAUACCUUGAUCAACAUUUGCAUAAGCUUGUUUUCAGUGCUGCCCUGCUCUACGAACAACGCGAAUGCCUGUCUAGGAAAGGAGACACAUUUCCUUUAUCCUCAAGACCUUUAAAUCUGAGCUAAGAAAUGGCAUUUCAAAAGGCAGUAAAAGGGACCGUUCUUGUUGGAGGAGGUGCCCUGGCCACUGUGUUAGGACUCUCUCAGUUUACUCAUUACAGAAGGAAGCAAGUGAACCUGGCCUAUGUGGAAGCAGCAGAAUGCUUUGCUGAGCCUGUUAACAGGGAGCCUCCUUCCAGAGAAGCUCAGCUACUGACUUUGCAAAACACGUCUGAAUUUGACAUCCUUGUUAUUGGAGGAGGAGCAACAGGCUGUGGCUGUGCCCUGGAUGCCGUCACCAGAGGACUAAAAACAGCCCUUGUAGAAAGAGAUGAUUUCUCAUCAGGGACCAGCAGCAGAAGCACUAAAUUGAUCCAUGGUGGUGUGAGAUAUCUUCAGAAGGCCAUCAUGAAGUUGGAUAUUGAGCAGUAUAGAAUGGUAAAAGAAGCCCUUCACGAGCGUGCCAACCUACUAGAAAUUGCUCCCCAUUUAUCAGCUCCUUUGCCUAUAAUGCUUCCGGUUUACAAGUGGUGGCAGUUACCUUACUACUGGGUAGGAAUCAAGCUAUAUGAUCUGGUUGCAGGAAGUAAUUGCCUGAAAAGCAGUUACGUCCUCAGCAAAUCAAGAGCCCUCGAGCAUUUCCCCAUGCUCCAGAAGGACAAACUGGUAGGAGCAAUUGUCUACUAUGAUGGACAACACAAUGAUGCACGGAUGAACCUUGCCAUUGCCCUCACUGCUGCCAGGUAUGGGGCUGCCACAGCCAAUUACAUGGAGGUAGUGAGCUUGCUCAAGAAGACAGACCCCCAAACAGGGAAAGAGUGUGUGAGUGGUGCACGGUGCAAGGAUGUCCUUACAGGGCAGGAAUUUGAUGUGAGAGCCAAAUGUGUUAUCAAUGCGACGGGACCUUUCACAGACUCUGUGCGCAAAAUGGAUGAUAAGGACGCCACGGCUAUCUGCCAGCCGAGUGCUGGGGUCCAUAUUGUCAUGCCCGGUUACUACAGCCCGGAGAGCAUGGGACUUCUUGAUCCAGCAACCAGUGAUGGGCGAGUUAUUUUCUUCUUACCCUGGCAAAAGAUGACAAUUGCUGGCACCACUGAUAGUCCAACGGAUAUCACACCACAUCCCAUUCCUUCAGAAGAAGAUAUCAACUUCAUUCUGAAUGAAGUGCGUAACUACCUGAGCUGUGAUGUUGAAGUGAGAAGAGGGGACGUCCUGGCAGCCUGGAGUGGUAUCCGCCCCCUUGUUACAGAUCCCAAGUCUGAAGAUACCCAGUCCAUCUCCCGAAACCAUGUUGUGGACAUCAGUGAGAGUGGCCUCGUCACAAUAGCAGGCGGGAAGUGGACAACGUACCGGUCCAUGGCAGAAGACACGGUGAAUGCUGCCAUCAAGGUUCACAAUUUGAAAGCAGGACCAAGUAAGACAGUUGGGCUUUACCUUCAAGGAGGCAAAGAUUGGAGUCCCACACUGUACAUCAGGCUGGUCCAGGAUUACGGACUCGAAAGUGAGGUGGCACAGCACCUGGCUGCCACGUAUGGUGACAAGGCUUUUGAGGUGGCCAAAAUGGCAAGUGUGACUGGAAAAAGGUGGCCUAUUGUUGGAGUACGUCUUGUGUCAGAAUUUCCAUAUAUUGAAGCAGAGGUGAAAUACGGGAUUAAGGAGUACGCCUGCACUGCGGUGGACAUGAUAUCCCGCCGCACCCGCCUAGCCUUCCUCAAUGUCCAGGCGGCGGAGGAAGCCCUGCCCAGGAUUGUUGAGUUGAUGGGCAGAGAGCUGAAUUGGAGUGAGGCUAAGAAACAGGAAGAACUUGAAACAGCCAGGAAGUUUCUAUAUUAUGAAAUGGGCUAUAAAUCUCGAUCAGAACAGUUGACAGAUCGCUCUGAAAUUAGCCUACUGCCUUCAGACAUUGACAGAUAUAAGAAGAGAUUUCAUAAGUUUGAUGCAGACCAAAAAGGCUUUAUUACAAUUGUUGAUGUUCAGCGUGUAUUAGAGAGUAUCAAUGUGCAAAUGGAUGAAAAUACACUACAUGAGAUUCUGAAUGAAGUAGAUUUGAACAAAAAUGGACAAGUGGAGCUCAAUGAAUUUUUGCAGCUAAUGAGUGCUAUUCAGAAAGGAAGAGUGUCUGGAAGCCGCCUUGCUAUACUCAUGAAAACUGCAGAAGAAAACCUUGAUCGAAGAGUUCCAAUUCCAGUGGACCGGAGUUGUGGAGGAUUAUCGAGAUAAUGACGACUAUAUCCUACCCGAUUCCAUUACAGUAGGGACGGGGCUUAAAAUGUCCCUGGCUUGGGCAGAUCUGUGUUGGUAAAAACAGGCCUCAUUUGUGCUCGCUUUGCUAUGAAUGAAGUUCCUUUAAGGACAAAGAAAAGUGCACUUCUCUUCAUUUGAGCAUAUCUGUGUUUGCUUAAAAUCUGCUAAUUCUAAAACACACCUCCUUCACCAAUCCCAGAGACUCGUUUUGGAAAUGAACUGAUUUCAAGCCAUUACUGUGAAUAAAGCUCCCAACAUUUUCAUAAAAGUUCUUAUUUAAACCUGUUCUUCUUUACUUGAUUGAAGCAAAGGGGAAGAAAUAGAGGAAUAAACCCCUUCAAAAUCCAUUAUGAGCACAAACCAGUGUUUUUUUUUUUCUUUUCAUACAAACUGAUGUUAGUUGCUUCUUUUGGAGUCUGGCAGUGGUGUGCAGGGAUUGCCUUAUAUCAUCAAAUGAUUUAUUCCAAGAGCCUAGAGGGGGAUUCAGGUGAAGGAACCCCAAGAGGUGGUUUAGCUCCCACCUCAGUCAUAACAAUAGAGAUAAUGCUGGAUUAUUUGUUAAGCCAAGGUUGUCUGCCUCAUGUCCAUCAUGCUUUCAAUCAGCUUAUACCAGGUGUAACUUUAGUAUUUCUAAUAUUAAAUGCAUGCUUCUUAUUCUGCCGUAGUCUCUGGCUUGAUUUUGUGUUCUCUGUUUCUAAAUAUAGCUUCCUCUUUUGUACAACAAAAAUUUCAUUCUGACUUUUACUAAAUUUUCUGUAAGGGUCAUCAUUGAUUUUAUUCCCCUCUUUUUAUGUAUUUGUAAAGAUUUUUGCAUAUAAGUGUAAUCACAUGUUGAAGUCAUGAUGCUGUACCUUGCACUGUUUUGCAUUAUGUUAACUUUUUUAGGGAAUAAAAAAAGCCCUACUUGUUUUCAAAGAAUAUCAGGAUAAGCCCAGCCCUGGAGUGGAUAUACACACUGCAUGUUUUCAUAUGUGGCACUUUUAUGUAUUGUGUUGGGUUAUUGUUCUAGAUUGGACUGUUAAAUACUAUGUUUGAGGCUGGGUUGUCAUUUUUAUAACUGUCUUGGUAUUUUAUCACUAUUAUUUAUUACUUUUGAUAUACAGUAUGAGCUGCAUGCAUUUAUAGAGCAAUAAGACGAUGUAUUUAAUGUGCCUUGUUUUUAACUGAAUGAGAACUGAAAGCAUGAAUCAAUAAAACUGAUUAAAAUGGUCCAUUUGCUGGCAUUUUGAUGUUACUUGUAGUCAGAUACCUUUGACUACUGUUGAAGUUUUAAAAAAGUUUAAAAUAUUUUUAGAAACUGUAUUUUUAAUGACAUAUCAAUUCUUUUAACUUGAAAUUUUGUGAUUUUAUCUCAAAAGUGAGAUUUCUGCAUAGACACAUGUAAUUUUAUGAGACAAACAGAAUUAUUUGUAUUAAUUUGUUAGUACAGCCUUUAGUGUAUCCCUUCUGUAUUUGUGCAAUCCUAUUCUAAAAUUACAUUUGUACUAUUACAAUUCAGUUGAAUUCUUUUUCCUUUCCUUUCUUUUUUUUUUUUGUCAACCGGAGCCUUUGAGCCUCUGCAUUCCCAGGCACACUGAUGAAUUUUAUCAUAACUAAAAUCGAUAGAAAUGAAUGGGAAAGAUUACAUAAUCCAUUUUGAUCAUCUUACAUGUCAAGUUAGUGCGGGGUUGCCAAGUGUUGAUAAAUGCUCUGACAGAAAAAAAUGCUAUAUAUUUUCAUUGUCAGUAAAUCAGUAAAACUGUUAUCAGUUUUAACAGUGGUCAGAUUUUAUAAUGCACAUGUUAUUUUCUAGGUUUUAAUUUACACAUAUACAUGAGUACAUGGAGUUCUCCACAUGUGGUUUAGAGGUGAUACCUCUUAGUUAUGUGUGCUCAGAGGCAUUUUUGAGCUUUUGAAAGUUCUUGAAAUUGUAUAGACUAUCCCAAAGUGAGGGCUCCCAGGCAGACUUGGAACAAUGAACUGUUCAAUGCCUGGGAAAAAAACAUAAUAAUUCAAAACAUUUUUCAUUGAUCCUGCUUAUCAAAUUUGAUAUCACUCUAAAAUUUGUCAAAAGAUUGCCCCCAGUUUUCAAAACAUUUAAGAGUUUGAUGGUCAUAAAAGGGGGAUACAUGAUACUAAUGUCAAUAUUUUGCAAUUUUGUCAACAGUGCACUAUCACUAGUGCCAGAUUCACCUGGUGGCAUUUGAAUUAUGAAGGCAAGAAGCAGCAGAAGUUUUAAAUUGAUUUGGUACACUCAUAAUGAGAGGAUUUCUGUAUAGGAGGCAGGAAUGAUGAGUCUUUUGUAUCCAUACUUUGUAUUUUAGGUUUCUGAUUAGCUUCCUAACUUGUGAAAUGCAAGCACAGAACGUAAUGCAUGUAAGCCUGGAUGACACCAGUGCAGGUCCUGUGCUAAGGGGUGUGGACCCUUUAGAAGAGUCAAUAAGUAUCCUUGUAUUUUGUUAACUACCUGGUCCAGAAUUUAAAAAACAGAAAGAAUCAUGUGACCUAAGCAGAAUUAUAAGCACUAUGUCUGUUCUCAUAUCUCAUGUCACAUGUUCAUAACUCCAGUGAGAACAUGAGCACUAUCUCUCUUCGCGUUGACAUUGGAUUGAAUCUCUCAGUAUUCUCUACCAUAGGUGUUUGCCCUGGGGUCACUCAAAUCUGGGGAGAUUGAGGCAUGUUUCCUGCAGCCAUACCUACAGACGUAGGUAGUGUGUUUUGUUUCAGUGAAAAGAGAGAAUUGAAUUGCAUGGAACCUGCCUUGGAUAUUAGAGCUGUGCACGUGGAACAGCUGGUUCCAUGAGUUUCUGAGCCAUUCAAGGCCAGUUUUGUAUCUUCAGCAGAGUAUCCCUGUACUCAUUCUCAAGGUAAAAUGGCUCCUGGAGAACCAUGCUCUCUUCUCUUUUUCACUGGCUGUUGCUAGCUUCCCUUCAUUGUGUCAAGGAGUCGAGAGGUGUAAAAAAAUGCAUAUACAUUUAAAUUUUUUUCUUUUGGCCCUGGUACUUAUAAAAGAAUAGGUCUGCCUAAGGAGAAUCUUAAAUUGGAGGGUGGUUUUUUUUCCAUACAGGAUUUAUUUGUUUGUUUUAUAAAAUUGGGUCUAAAUUUUUUAAGGAUUAAAUUGACUUUUAUUAGCAAUUCUAGAGUCAGACACAUCCUCUGAAUUCAACCUCCUCAUUAGCUUUUUUUUUUUUAAGUCUAAUGUAGGCACAUUUGACUUUUGCUUGUCUCAAUGAUCUAAAUGUAAUGAGCUCAAUCAACAUACCUCUAUUGUUUAACCUGACUUUAAUGCCCUCUUUUAAGUAAGGGCCUCCUUACUAGCUCCUUCCUCCAAAGGUUCCCAGUAAGUAGACACUACUACUUCUUGCCUUUUAUUUGUUGGUGGUUAGAUUUCUCACCAUUGCUUCAAUAUCAAGUUUUUUUGUUUGUUUUUCAUCUCCAUCAUUAAUUGACUUGCAAUUCAUUUUUAUGCAUAGAGUUUUUCCUAUCCAAGUUAAGAAGUUGUAAAUCUUAGAUACAUUGAAAUGACAGUGAGAAAUAUUUCAUUUUAUCUCAUGAAUCACUUGCCAUUCUUAUCGCAGAAAAAUGGCAAAAUUAUGGUGCACGUUU